CUUUGAUCCAGUCCUUAAAAACAAAGGCAAGAACUCCUGCUGUCAGCUCCAAGAAGAAUAUAAUCCCCAGAAACACGGAGAACUACAGGAAACAAAAGGAAAGUCUGUGUAAUUUCAGAUGUGUGAAAGAACAUGGGUCCAGAAUCAAAGAGGAGAAAAUAACUUUGCGUCCCUUCCUACAACUGAGAGCAAUAAGAUGAAGAUGAUGCAUCUUGGCAAGUGAAAACAUUCUUAAUAGACUCUGUACCUCCAUGAACCCCCCACCCGCCCCUCCUUCUGGAGUCUCCGGAGUAGGACAACAUCCCUCCCCUGUGCUCUCACACACUACCUCCCUCCUUCCCUCCCUCUGUCUCUGUGGAGGGGUGUGGAUUGCUAUUGGCGCUAGUAGAGGGAGCCUUGUCAAUUAGACAGUUUGCUGUGGAAAGCGGAGGAGCGUUCUGAAGCAGCGGGGUGCUCUUCAACAGGAGAAUAGCGCUUGUGUUUGUGUGUGAGGAUUUCAGAUCUCACUUGGCUGUGACAAAGUGCCUGAAAUGCCUCAAAAGAAGAUGGAUAUACAUCAUCAUUGAAGCAGAUAGUUUAUUAGCUAGGCCAUGUCUCACAUAAAAUGGCCAAGCGCUGCAAUUAAUUAACAUCAAUACAUUCCCCAGAAGGAGCACCAUAAAAUCAAAGAGGCAUUCCUUUAAACUGAAUAGUCUAUGAGGAACUUUGAUCUUACAAACGGAGGAUGACUCUUCAGAUAAGCACCCAGCUUCUCCUUCUGCUGGGACUCCUGCACUGGACUUGUGGUUCGCUGGUGAAGACCAAUCUUGGCCUGCGGGUGAAGAGAGGCCAGUCAGUUUUCCUGCAAGAAGGAGAUUUGCAGUUCCAUAUACCCAGACAGAAGGAUGCCUGCAAGCUGGAAGUGGUUCUACAUGAACCUAUUACACAACGUGUCGGCACACUGUCUCCACAGGUUUUUGACUGCAACUAUUUGGUGGAUGAGGUGAAGUAUACUCAUAAUGGCUGUCCCAUUUUAAAAGAAGAUUCUGUCAGACUUCGACUAUACAGGUUCACAGAGACAGAGACCUACACUGAAGUCUUUUCACUCCAUGUUGAGAUAAUGGAGCCUGACUGUAAUAUUAUAAAACUGGGCCCACAGACGCUGCAGGUUCCAGAGUUCUAUGGUCUUUCCAAUGUGCUAGAUGGUAAUGUGGUGUCCUUCCAUUACGAGCAUCGAUCCAACAUAGAGUGCACAGUUAGGGUAAUGACACCAGAGUCUUAUCUACCUGGACAUGGUCAGCUGGUCACUGGAGAACCUGACAAGCUAGAGGGGCCAAGAGGAGAUGAACCAGAUAGCUUUGUGUCUAUCCGACAACAAUUAGAUAAUAAAGCCAGAGCCAACUGCAAGACUGAAAGUUGUUUGAAAGGACUAAAACUAGUGAAGAUCACAAAAGUGCCCUGUGAUGAAUUCUUAAUGAUGGGCAUUCGGUACCAGCACAUUAAUCCUCCAUCACCUGACAUUGAUUACAUUGCUAUCAGGCUGGACCUCACAGAUACCAGGAGCAAGAGCAUAAUCCAGACAGAGCAAGCCUGGAUUCCUGUGACAAUCAAAGGCGCUGUCCGCAACCAGCCCCCCAAGCCUGCCUUCAUGUCCAUGUUCAUCCUAGAGGUGGACCAGUUCAUUCUGACUCCAUUCUCCACAGCCACACUGGAUGCAGUAGAUGCUGAGACCCCAAAAAACAGGCUGGUUUUCAAUAUAACCAAGCCCCCAAGUGAGGGCUUCAUCACACAUUUGUCUGACCACACCAAGCCCAUCUCAUCAUUUACCUGGACUGACCUCAAUGACAUGCUCAUCAGCUACCAGCCCCCUAACUCCAGUCAUACCCAACGCAGAAACUAUGAGGUAGAGCUUGAGGUCCAUGAUUUCUACUUUGAGAAGAGCCAGCCUAUAAUGGUCCAUGUGUCAAUCAGGACAGCAGACACCAAUGCACCAAGAGUGUCAUGGAACAUGGGUCUCAGUCUUUUGGAGGGUCAGUCACGUCCUAUCACAUGGGAGCAGCUCCAGAUUGUGGACAAUGAUGAUCUAAAGGCUGUGAGAAUCAUCACUAUAGAUGGCUUACAGCAUGGGAGACUGACUGUUAGAGGUGGGAAAGGAUUCAUGUUCACUGUAAGUGACAUCAAGGCCGGAGUGGUGCGCUAUCACCAUGACGACAGCGAUACCACCAAAGAUUUUGUUAUCUUUCGGAUCACUGAUGGCCGCCACCAAGCCAGACACAAGUUCCCCAUAAACAUCCUGCCCAAGGAUGACAGUCCACCUUUCCUCAUCACCAAUAUGGUCCUGGAACUGUCUGAGGGGCAAACGGCUCUUCUUAGAGGAUCUAUUUUGCAAGCCUCAGAUAUGGACUCCAGUGAUGAUUACAUCAUGUUCAACAUCACUAGGCCUCCUCAAGCAGGGGAGAUCAUGAAGAUGCCAGGUCCAAGAAUUACAGGCUAUCCUGUAACACGUUUUCUCCAAAAGGAUCUAUUCAAUUCAAUCAUCUACUACAGGCAUUUUGGCAAUGAAAUAUUUGAUGACUCUUUUGAAGUGGUCCUAUCAGAUUUCCAUGAUCCUCCCAAUCUCUCAGACCCUCAGAUCAUUGUGGUUCAAAUUCAGCCUGUCCCAGAUCAGCCACCUAAAGAGGUUCCAGGAGCCACCCGGUACCUAGUAGUCAAAGAGACAGAUGUGGUGUAUCUGACCAAGCAGCAGCUGCAUUUUGUUGACUUGGAGUCACCAGACUGUGAGCUUACCUACACUGUCACCACCCCACCUUACUACAGCAACAUCCAUGGUGGUGCUGAUGCAGGGAGGCUAUUCCUGGUUGACAGCAUCCCAAAAUUGACUAAGGAUCCAAAUGCUCCUGUGCUCAGACUUUUUACACAGCAUGCUGUUAACUACAUGAAGGUGGCCUACAUGCCUCCUAUCCAUGACAUCGGCCCAUACCCUCAGCACAUUCAGUUUGUCCUAUCUGUGACCAGCCAGCAAGGCAGCACCACCACAGGAGUCUGUUUCAACAUCACAGUGCUGCCAGUAGACAAUCAGACCCCUGAGGUGCAUGUGAACCAGCUGACGGUGGAUGAGGGUGGAGAAUGCUGGGUAAGUGUGGACCACUUGCGCCUGACUGAUGUGGACUCUCUGGAGGAUUCUCUGCGUGUGGAGCUGAAGAGAAGGCCUCAGCACGGAGAGGUGUAUCUGGAUGGCACCCCCUUGAGCCAGGGCCAGACCUUCACUGUUAGGGACUUGAAAAACCUAAAAGUUAGAUAUCACCACGAUAGUUCAGAGACAGAUCAAGAUGACAUUGAAUGCACAGCCACAGAUGGAGUGAAUUCAGUUGACUUUGUUUUGCAUAUUAAGGUGACCUUAGUGAAUGAUGAAGUGCCAGUGCUGGUGCCAGAGUUGAAACCAGUUCUGGAAUGUGCAGAGGGACAGGAUGUUGUGAUCACUGCAGAGUACAUCUGUGCAACAGAUGCAGAUAGUGAUGACAGCAGGCUGACGUACAUGAUUGCCCGUCAGCCUUAUUAUGGUGUAGUGCUGAGGAAUGGUAUUAUAGUGGACAGGUUCAUUCAAGAGGACAUAAACGAUGGGAUCAUUACCUAUAAACACACAGGACAGGAGAUUGGAUUGCUUCCUCGUCAUGACAUCAUCACGUUUGUGAUCUCUGAUGGACAGACAGAUGCAGUUCCUGUUUGCUGCUAUGAGAGAACACAAGUACCUAACAAACCAACACCUCGGCUAGAGGACUCCCUGCCCGUCUUCGACCUCAAUGUUACUGUUUUUCCUGUGGACAAUCAACCACCAUCUAUUACUAUUGGUGCAGUGUUUAAAGUGGAUGAAGGAGGUUCUGCUGCUAUCACUGUGACCCAUUUAAGAGCUUCUGACCAGGACACUCGUGUGGAGGACCUGCAGCUCAUUCUGAUCUCUCCACCACAGUUUGGCUAUAUUGAGAACAUCCUACCCAGCCCAGGGUUUGAAAAGAGCAACAUGGGCAUCAGUAUUGCCUCUUUUUCCUAUAGGGAUGUACUGAAUCAACACAUAAACUAUGUACAGUCCAGGCAUCAAAGAACUGAACCCACUACUGACCAGUUCAUGCUGUGUGUCUCUGAUGGCAAACACCAGUCCUCUGCAAUCCCCUUCUACAUCAUCAUCAAUCCAACCAAUGAUGAAGCCCCAGACUUCUUAGCCAGGAACUUUACUGUGAGAGAGGGAGAUAUGAAAGAAUUGGAUCCAUCCAUUGUUAACGCUGUGGAUCUGGAUAUUCCCAGAGAUCGUUUAACCUUCACUAUCAUUCAGCAGCCCCUGCAUGGUGCUAUCAUGGGCAGGCUUCAUGGUAAUGAAGUGGUCCAUAAUAAAAGAUCCACCCACAAGCAUGGAACUGAGGUCCUUGUACAAGAUUUCACCAUGGAAGAUCUCAGAAAUGGUAUGGCUCUGAUGUACAUGCAUGAUGACUCAGAGACUGAGCAGGAUGGCUUCAUUAUUCAACUCUCUGAUGGGAAGCACCUGCUUCAGAGACACAUGUUGGUGAAAGUUCUGCCUGUCAAUGAUGAGAAGCCACACAUCAUUCGGAACACAGGGAUUGAGGUGGAAGCAGGAGAAGCCAGACUCAUCUCCAGUGCUGUAUUAAGCGCCCAUGAUAACGACACCCCCUCCAGUGACAUCAUUUACGUGUUUGAAAGUGUCCCUACUCAAGGCCUGCUUCAGAUCAAGGCCUCUCUGGUGCCCUCUCAGGCAUGCCUGGACUGGGUGGAUGUAUCAGCAGGAAUGAAUUGUUCCCAGGAGGAUCUGAAUAUGAACCUGCUGCGAUACGUACACACAGCUCAGCCUGGAGUUCACACACAGGACCUGUUUGUCUUCCAUUUGCACGAUGGCAGGAACCGGUCCCCUGCACAACACUUCCACAUUUCACUGAAGGAGCUGGAGAAAGGUGACAUAGCACUGUUUGUAAAGCCAGUGCAAGCUAGCCGUGGCGAGCAUGUUGUGAUCACCACUGAUGUCUUGCUGGCUGUGGAUGGUGCUGACAAGCCAGAAGAGCUGCUCUAUGUCAUCACUGUACCCCCAACGCAUGGUCACGUGGAAUACAUCAAACACACUGGCAUUCCCAUUGACUCUUUCAGCCAGCUGGAUGUAGCGGCUAAUCUGGUGUGUUAUGUCCAUGACAAUAGAGCUACUUCACCUAUAGAGACUCUGCAAUUUGUCGUCAGUAAUGGAAAAUCCACCCGUAACGGUACUCUGGAGAUUAUGGUGGAGAUGACAGACAGGGUUCUGCCUACUCUAGUACAGAAAGCAGGUCUACGGGUUCCUCAAGGUUCAACUAUCACCAUAACACCUGAUAACCUUCACCUGUCUGACCCAGACACCCCUCCCCAUUUUCUGAUCUUCAGGGUGGUCCAGCUACCGCAGUAUGGUCAACUGAUUUUGAAGGGAAUCGCCCUAACUGCAGGGAGUAACUUUACCCAACAGAACAUUCAGGAUCUGGAUGUUGCAUACAGACAUUCUGGUGGAGCUUCUCAGAUAGACCGCUUUAUAUUCACUGCUGCUGAUAGCACUGACAGAGGCUUUUUGUUGGAAGGGAAGGUGCAGACAGAACCAACCUUCUUCACCAUCCAGAUAGAAGUAUUAGACAACUCUGCGCCUAGGAUAAUGGUGCUGGAGUCUCUGUGGAAAGUGGAACUUCUCAAAGAUGGACGUUAUGGAAUCUACAUCUCGUCCAGAGAGUUGAAGGCCCAGGAUGUGAACUCUGCAGAUGAUGACCUCAUCUUUCACAUCCUCAGAGUUCCUUACUUUGGUUAUUUGGAGAUUGCCACCAGUGGUGAGUUUGUGCGUGAGCGGUUCACUCAGAGGGAUCUGAACAGGAGGAAUAUUCUCUAUAUAAUUAACUCUGCCCUGGAGGCCUUGACUGACAGUCUGGAGUUUGCAGUCUCUGAUCCACUGGGCAACACUGGGCCAUCUCACAAGUUAGAGUUCAGCUGGGCCAGAAUUGAGCUGACGAAGACAGAGCAUCAUGUGUGUGAAGGCCAAGGACCACUAUCGGUUACCAUUCAAAGGGAUGGAAAUAUGCAGGAUUCAUCAUAUGUAACUGUCAAGGUAAAAGAGCUAACAGCAUCUGUUGGAAAGGAUUUCUUGCCUGCUCCCUCAACAUUGAUUCAGUUUGAUCCUGGCAUGGCCAGUCGACUCUGGAAGGUGGAGCUGUUGCAGGAUUCUCUGGAGGAGGCUGAGGAAACAUUUGAAGUGACCUUGGAUUCUCCUGUUGGAGCUAUUCUAGGAGGAAACACAAAAGCCAUUGUUACAAUACUGGACACCAGAAACGGGAAAUGUGGUGAGAAAGUUCCUCAGAGGGGUACAAGCCUUCAGGGUAAGGAGGUACCACUAGGGCCCUACCCAAGACAUGGCUCGAUCCAGGUGGAGACUUUACCCAUCACACAGAAAGAUGGGACAAUCGGUGCCAGAGGUGAUGAUUUGCUUCAAAUCAUUCCUUCUGUCUCUAAAAAAAGACUGAGAACCAAUGACAAUGGGAAGAAAGUUCUACCUUCUUCAGCCAUUCAAAGUGGAUCUGAGGUUGUUUACACUUAUCACGGCAUUAUGUCACUGGCAGUGGAGGAUGACACGGCAUCCAUUAACACCGGAAGGAAGGCUCAAGUUCAAGUGACCAGUAGAGGGCAGCAGCGUUCACUCCCUGUCAAAAUCACAAGCCAACACACACAAAGAGGCACUGCUGCUGCUCAGAUCACACCAUAUCAACUUGUCUCUAAACCUUGCACUCCAGAGUUGAGAGGUUUUCUUCAUUAUAAUGAGAGCUUAGGCCAGCUCUUCCAUUGCAAUGGAAUCUCCUGGAAACCAUGGGCUGUUAGCGAUGAGGCAGUGAAUGCUAAGAAGUGUCCACAGGGGUGGAAAUACCAUAAUCACCACUGCUAUCUGCUGAGCUCAGAGGGCAAAGCCACAUGGACCGAUGCUGCCAGGUCGUGCCGAGAAAACUUCCAAGGCAACCUUGUCAGUGUCCUAUCAAAGACAGAUAUGGACUGGCUCUGGGACUUCAGCGAGAGAAAACCCUUCUGGAUUGGCUUAAAUGACCGAGAAAGUAAAGGCCGCUGGGAAUGGGUGGGUGGAGAACCUGUCACUUACACCAACUGGAGGCGGAGUCCUCCCAGAACCAGGAAGAAAGGAAACAAGAAGUGCGUUUUGGCCUGGAAGAAGACAAAGUGGCAAAUACGAGACUGCAAGACAGGAAGGGGACAUCGCUAUAUGUGCUAUGUGAAAACAUGAGGUGCUUCCAGCUGCUAAACCAUUUAUUCCCUUCCCUCUAUCAAGACUGUUUACUUCUCAAUCUGCAGGGAGAUCACUUAAUGAAUAAUAGUGCACUGGGUACACGAUGAACUGGCACUUACAUUUGGGCAUUCUGGACACAUCAGGCCUCAAGCAUAACAGUACUUUAAGUUGGCCAAAGCUGUCAUAAUGCACAGUGUCACAAGGUGUGGUUUCAACUUUCAACCAGAACGAAAGGUAUGCACACUAUGAUGAACAGCAAAUAUUUAGUUUAAUCAGUACCAGUUUCUGAACUGGUUUAUAUUGUACAUGUAUACUGUAGUUGCAUACCUUCUUACAUAUUUAUUUUACUGAUGUAUGUCUAUAAUAUAUAUGUUAAGAUGUGAUUCAGAUGCCUUUAGGGCUCAAUUUACCUGCCUUUGGCCUGUUGAAUUUCUAUGCUAUGGUACUUCAGCAGCCAAUUAAGAACACCAUCAGUACCCAUUUGUAGCCAUGUUACUGAAACUGCUUUGGCCUAUAUAAAUGUUAAUCUAUCUGUCUGUAUGUAAAAUGUCUUAUUGUCUAUUUAAGUAGUUUCUGGGUUAUAAGAUCAGGCCUCAGGGACUAAUCAGUCAGCUGGCUAAUACUGACACACUUAAUUUUGGAUUGAUUAAUAUACAUUGUCCCUCACAAGAAUAUAAAAAAAUGAGCAUCUGUAAAAUUGUCAGUUAGCCCUCAUUUAUUCACAGUUAAUUGACAGUUAGCAAUCAAUGUCAUGAUCAAAUGAAAAGCUUUUUAUUUAACAGUUGUUAAUCAAUAGAAAUGAAUUCAUCUUAUAUAAAACAUUUUUUAAUAAUUACAAAUAAAUCAGCUUUAUUCAGGAUAUCAGUUCUGUUUACAUACAAAAUAAGGCACUGGUAAGUAGUGUCUGCCUAGGAAUGUACAAAAUGUAAUUGUAUGUAACAAAAAUAAAAUAUGAAAAAUGUACAUCAUAAGUUUUGGAACCAAAAAGUAUAUCACAUUCAAAUAAACCAAUACAAUGUACCCAUAUAUUUAGGACUAAAUUAAAAACUUAACACAUACAAGCAAAUAUUUUAGACCGUCUUAAGACAACAUCGCCAAAUGUGAAUUUAUGUACAACUUAGUAUAUUUGCACACAAAAGAGGUUAAGAACCAAUGGUAUCUACUGUUGGGAUGCUCGU